AUGCCUUGUGAUUUUUUCAAUGUAUUGUUAGUCCGAUCUUUUGGAACUGAAGGAGGGAAGAAAGAUGGUGCUCAAGUUCCUCCUAGUGAUAAAGUUUAUGAGUGCAUAUUGUUCCGUGCUACUGAUAUCAAGGAUUUGCAAGUCAAAGCCUCUCCUCCAGUACAACCACCAGCUCCACCUGCUAUAAAUAAUGACCCUGCUAUCAUUCAGUCUCACUACCCUAGCCCGAUGCCUACAUCGAGUAGCUUGCCUCCUGCCGCGAGCAAUCCACUUGCCUGA